AGACCAAUAGAAAAGUGAAACAAAAUGUUUCAAUGCUACACUCACGGUGGAUUUAGGGGGAGAUAUUAUGAGGCUGGUGUCAUUAGGCGAUAGCUAUUGAAUCUUACAAUCUUUACUCGUCGUUUCUUUUUCUUGAUAAUUGUAUUUCUCUCUCAGGUCAUUCCAUGGUUUUCAGAUCCCCUUUAGAGCUUUAUCCCUCCAAUUUCUUCCUGCCAAACAUCACUGAGCGCCCUGUGCUCUUGGCGAGCAGCACUCCCACCAGGUCUCCAGAAGACUUGUCAAUGUUUGCGCUACCGACCCUCAACUUCUCUCCGGAGCAAGUGGCGAGCGUCUGUGAGACGCUGGAGGAAACCGGAGACAUUGAACGGCUGGGACGAUUCCUGUGGUCCCUGCCGGUGGCACCGGGAGCAUGCGAGCAGAUCAACAAGCAUGAGUCCAUCCUGCGAGCUCGCGCAGUGGUUGCUUUCCACACCGGGAACUUCCGAGACCUUUAUCACAUCUUGGAGAACCACAAGUUUACCAAGGACUCCCAUGGCAAACUGCAGGCCAUGUGGCUGGAGGCACACUACCAGGAGGCCGAGAAGCUGCGCGGUCGCCCAUUAGGACCGGUUGACAAGUACAGGGUACGGAAGAAGUUCCCCCUGCCCAGGACCAUCUGGGACGGGGAGCAGAAGACGCACUGUUUCAAAGAGAGGACGCGCGGUCUGUUAAGGGAGUGGUACCUUCAGGACCCAUAUCCAAACCCUAGCAAGAAAAGGGAACUGGCUCAAGCCACUGGACUCACUCCUACACAAGUCGGAAAUUGGUUUAAAAACCGGAGGCAACGAGACAGAGCCGCGGCAGCAAAAAACAGACUUCAGCACCAGGGAAUAGGACAGAACGGUAUGCGGUCCCUUUCAGAAUCCGGGUGCACUCCACGCAGCUCGGCGGAAUCGCCGUCUACCGCGGCCAGUCCUACUACCAGCAUCUCCAGUAUGACAGAGCGAGUUGACACUGGAACGUCCAUUCUUUCAGUAACCUCCAGUGACUCCGAGUGCGACGUAUGAUAUAAAAAAGAGAAAUAUUUACAGGAAAUAUGGACCAGAAAAAAACCUAUGAAAUAUCGGGGAUGAAAAAAGGACCAAUUGAUAUAAAUAUUUAAAAAAAGAUUUUUUUUAAAACACGUAUUUUUAAAGCGCUUUCAAUGGAUCCACCA